AGAAAUCUUUAUUACCUCUUGUUAAAUCUUAUUUACGUUGUCUUCCUGAAAAACAAAUAAAAUGUUUAAAAGAUGAAAAUAUACCCUUACCGAAUGAAACAACUCCAAUAUUUGAUUAUCCCUUUUUCCUAAAAACUUUAGACUUAAAACUUAUUAAUAAUAUGUCAAAAAAAUGGAUUAAUGAUUCUGGAAACAAAAAUCAUAUCGUUCUUUUAAAGGAAAUAUUUGUUGCCUACUUUUUAGAACAGGCCGAAAAAAUUUCUUUCAUUCAUCUUAAUGAAAGUGCUCAAACACUGGCCAAAAAUCAGAAUGCUUCAAAUUUAAAAAUGUUGAGGAAGCUUCAUAUAUCUUCUUGGAAAGAUGAAUCAUCUUUCAUGGAGAAGAUUACUACAUUUACUAAUCAUCUUCAGCUUAUUAGUGCUGAAUGUGUAAAUUAUAAAACAAAAGCUUUAGCAUUAGCGAGUCUUAUUCAAAAGCAAACUUCUUUACAACAUCUUAAACUUCUCUAUACAUCCAGUGAUAAUUAUUGUUCGAUUAUUUUUAAAUCUUUACCGA